AUGGUUGGCGGCGGACGCACCGGAGUGCAUCUAGUGCUUGGCUUCGUCUUUGGAGGCAUUCUCGCAACCUUUUUCUUCUCCGCUCAUCCGGCCACUCAACUUGUCAGCAACUCGAUUGCAGCAUUUUCAUCGUGCCAACAGUUAGACGAACAAGAAAUACGAAUCGAAGCAUCGCCUCUCGAAAAAGGACGCGUUUAUAAGGAUGUUAGCGAGCAUUGGAUUGUACAUCAAGAUGAUAUGCCGUCUCCGCCCUCAAAUCAAGAUGCGACCCCCAAAGUUGUUCGGUCGAGAUUCGCUGCCACUGAAUUAGGAACAAGAGAGCGAAUGAUGGUUGCAAUCCUGGCAGAGUCUGCGUUAGCGUUGUCCAUCAAUGCAACUCUCGGCAGACACGUUCCUCGUGUGCAUUUCUUUGCGGAUUCCUCAAGAAUUGACAACGACCUUGCUCAGCUUACCAAUUUGAGCCCCUACAAAUUAAAUGGACAGAAGCCGCAUACAAUGGUUCUCGGAUUGCUUUCGAAUAUGACUGUCCAUGAGAGUUAUGACUGGUUUCUGAUGGUCAAAGAUUCGACAUAUAUCAAUCCGUUUGUAUUGAAUAGAAUUAUUGAUACAAUGAAUUGGAAUGAGCCGGUUGUGCUCGGUGAGCCGGCGGCUGAUGGAAGUGGUCGAUGCAGAUUGGACACUGGUGUUUUGCUCAGCAAUCCUGCCAUGCAAAUUCUUAUCCAGCAACGUCACACUUGUAAUAUCUUGAGUUCUGAUGAUGAUCAGCUCGCAUUUGAAAAGUGCCUUCUUCUCGCCACCAACCUCACCUGCAAAACCGUUCAUCAAGGUGUUCGGUAUGAGGUUUGGCGUGGAGCCGAACGAGCUGAUUCGCCAGCUGCGCAUGAUUCGAUCGAGGAAUGGCGCCAUUCGAAGGCGUUCAGUCAUACACUUGCUGUGCCGAGGUUGCUUUCUGAUGCCGAUGCUUCUGCUCUUCAUGAUUUUUUUGUUCGUGUCGAAAUGGAUAGAAUGGACAAAGAAAUUAGCAAAAUGGAGGCCGAAAUAAACGUUCUUGCUGAGGAAGAAGCUCGUGAGAGCGGGGAACCUGUGAAUUGGCCGGCAGCGAUUCCAUCGUUUGCGAAACCGCCGAAUCGCUAUCAGGUGCCCACUUGGGAGUACUUCACAAUGUCCGAGAUAUUCCGAAGCGAGCCGAACCAGAAUGUGCGAAAAGUUGAAGGGAAAGAUUUCGAUGACAUCAUUGAAGUUGUGGAAGCGGCACGUCAACAGGUCGAAUCCGAAGAGCCUGAACUCGAAUUCCUUCAAUUGAGAAGUGGAUAUAGGGUGUUCGACCCACGACGAGGAAUGGAUUAUAUUAUUGAUUUGACGUAUCGCAAAACUGUUAGCGAUUCGCCGGACAUUCGGAUCAAUAAUCAAGAUGACGACGAAUCUCAGCAAGCGGUUCGCGAUGAGAAUCUCAAUGAAGUCAGUGUCGAGAAGCGCGUCCAUGUGAAUCGAAUGAUCGCUAGCACUCAACUAAUGAAUCAAGCACCGUAUGUGAAGGAAGACACUGAUCUGACGAUGGUGGUGCCGGUUGCGGUGGAAAAUGAAGUACUACCGGCGCGAAAGUUGCUGGCGAGACAGGCGAGAUUAUGCUUGUCGCCGAGUGAGGAGACAAGAAAAACACGAGUAGUCAUUGCGGUAUUCCCUGAUGUUGACACAAGAUCCAUCACUUAUAUGGGAAAUGACAUGGAGGAAUUGAAGAGAAGGUGUAAGCGAUCGCUUCUUGAAACCGACAUUCUCACGGUUCGACCAAGCGCAGUCCCAAUUGGUAAAGGAACUGUCGCCGCGGCAGCUCUUGAUGAUGCCGUUGAUCGGUAUGGCGCCAAUACUAUUUAUCUGCUUUUGUCGCCACACGCCGACGUUCAGAAGGAGUUUUUUGAUAGGGCUCGAAUUAACACAAUCAAACGUUAUCAGGUUUUCUUCCCGGUGCCAUUCGUUGAAUAUCAUCCAACGAUUUCUGGAAUGGAGAUGACGGAAAAGGAAGCGCAGGAAACGCCGAGCUCGCAGGCGCGUGAAGCGGCGUUGGCCCGUCUCCGCGAUGGAAUUGAGCCAAAGCGAAAACGACCGCUUAUUGUGCAAAAAGAUCAUGGUCGAUUUGAUGCGCAAGACUUCACAUGUUUCGCAGUUUACGGAGCUGAUUAUACAGAGGCCAGAAGUCGUCUGGGAGAUGUUCAGCGUAGAAAUGAUUUGAUUGCUGCGUUCCUUGGUCAGGAUUCGAUUCACAUAUUGAGAGCUGUGGAGCCAACGUUGCGAAUUCGAUAUCACAAACGACAAUGUGAUUUGGAAAGUGUCGAUAAUGACGAUAUUGCCAGAUGUUUGGAAAGUAAAAAAGAGAAUGUGGCAGCAAAGGAUCAACUCGCCAAACUUUUAUUCCAUGAAAAAUAA